AUGUCAGUGCCUGAUAAAGUGUUGAUGCGAAAAAUUAAAAAGAAAGAAAAAAGGAAAUUUGAAAUAUUGAAGGAACGAGAAAAACAAGUAGAAAAUAAAAAAAUAAAGAAACAUGCAAUAAUAGUCAGUGAAGAUGAUGAUAGUAGUGAUACAGAAUCAGAUGUUAGUGAUAAAAAUGAAGAGGGUACAAGAGAAGACAAUUCUAAUUCAAAUUUACCUGGGACUGCAAUAGGGUUAGAGAUAGUAAAUGAUACAAGUUUCAAAGUAUUAGAAAAAACAGUAUGUGAAAACACAUUAAAAGGAAUACAAGACAUGGGUUUUGUAAAUAUGACAGAAAUACAAGCAAAAGCCAUUCCUCCUUUACUAGAAGGAAGAGAUUUGGUUGGUUCUGCAAAAACAGGAUCGGGAAAAACUUUAGCAUUUUUAAUACCAGCUAUAGAAUUAAUUUAUAAGUUGAAAUUUAUGCCCCGCAAUGGUACUGGUUGUAUUAUUAUAUCUCCAACAAGAGAAUUAUCUAUGCAAACAUUUGGAGUUUUAAAAGAAUUGAUGAAAUAUCAUUAUCAUACAUAUGGUUUACUAAUGGGAGGUGCUAGUAGACAAACUGAAGCUCAAAAACUUUCAAAAGGAGUUAAUAUUGUGGUAGCCACACCUGGUAGAUUAUUAGAUCAUCUACAAAACACACCAGACUUUUUGUACAAAAAUCUUCAAUGUCUUGUAAUUGAUGAAGCUGAUCGUAUUUUAGACAUUGGUUUUGAAGAAGAACUUAAACAGAUUAUUAAUAUUUUACCAAAAAAAAGACAAACAAUGUUAUUCAGUGCAACACAAACCAAGAAAACGGAAACGUUGACAACUUUAGCUUUGAAAAAGGAACCAGUUUAUGUUGGUGUUGAUGAUGAUAAGGACAAAGCAACAGUAGAAGGUUUAGAACAAGGUUAUGUUGUAUGUCCAAGUGAAAAAAGAUUUCUACUUCUAUUUACUUUCUUAAAGAAGAACAAAAAGAAAAAAGUUAUGGUUUUCUUCAGUUCAUGCAUGUCAGUCAAAUAUCAUCAUGAACUUUUGAAUUACAUUGAUUUGCCAGUAUUAAGUAUACAUGGAAAACAGAAACAGACGAAAAGAACAACAACAUUUUACCAAUUUUGUAAUGCUUCUUCUGGCAUACUCCUCUGUACCGAUGUAGCUGCACGUGGUCUUGAUAUACCAGAUGUUGACUGGAUUGUACAAUAUGAUCCUCCAGAUGAUCCCAAGGAAUAUAUUCACCGUGUUGGUAGAACAGCUCGUGGAGAAGGUGGUAGUGGUCACGCCUUACUAAUACUACGACCGGAAGAACUUGGUUUUCUUCGAUAUCUUAAACAAGUUAGAGUUCCUGUAAACGAAUUUGACUUUUCAUGGAAUAAAAUUGCUGAUAUUCAGUUACAGCUUGAAAAAUUGAUUUCGAAAAACUACUUUUUAAAUACAUCGGCGAAGGAAGCAUUCAAAGCGUAUAUAAGAGCUUAUGAUUCUCAUCACUUGAAACACAUUUUCGAUAUAGAAACACUGGAUUUAACAAAAGCUGCAAAAUCUUUUGGAUUCCUGGUUCCACCAGCUGUGGAUUUAAAAGUGGGAACAAGUAAAAAUGCACGACCACGAAAGAGAUUAGGUGGAGGCGGUUAUGGAUAUUUUAAAAACAUGAACAAUACAAAUUCAGAAAGGCAAAUAAAUCGCAGCAAAACUUUCCGUCAGGUGAAUAAACGUGGAAAGGAUAGUCGUCAAUUUGCUAGAUAA